UUAACUAUCAGAUUAUCAGAUUAACUAUCAGAUAAUCAGAUUAACUAUCAGAUUAUCAGAUUAACUAUCAGAUUAUUAGGUUAAUUUACUGAUCAGUUUUAAAAAAGUUUUUACUGUUAAAAAUUUUCCUACAUUAAUUUUCUGUCAGACUCUUUUACUUUAUCAGCUUCUUACAGAUUUAUUUCAAUUUCUGUUUCAAACACACACACACACACACACACACACACACACACACACACACACACACACACACACUCUGAGCGGGGAGGCGCCGCUUUGAUCUGAAAGUGGCUCCAUUUACGGGAGACUAAAUCGGUUUGUACCGAGGAGACACACACACACACACACACACACACACACACACACACACACACACACACUCACACACACACACGCACGGUAGGGGCUCUCGGUUUUCUUCCUGGAGCGUCUGAUCUGCACGCGCUCCGUCUGAACCUGGACGCUCUUCACCUGUGUCCCUCUCCCUCUCUCUCUCCCUCUCUCUCUCUCUCUCUCUCUCCGGUUCUCUCUCUCUCUCUCAGUCUUGUCGGUGUCUCCUCGGUGUGUCUCUUUCCCCGGUGUGUCUGGACUCUCCGGUACCGCAUGGAUGUGAUCUGCGGACCUGAGUGAGGACCUCUGAGCUGCAGCUUGAGGACGUGACCGGGCGGGGAGGUUCGGUGCCGCCGGGCGGAGGAGCUCGGAGCCGGGACAGCAGCGGGAGAGGCUCCGCGGGUCGGUAGGUGUCAGAGAGCGGGCUGUAACCUGUGAGUUAACCUGCUUCUAACCCGGUUCUAACCCGGUACAGAACCGAGCCGCUCCGUGAUCUGCAGACUGCAUCAGCUGAGCACCAGAACCGGAACUGGAUAGUACCGUUAGUUCCUCAGUUCGUGAUGUAUGUGUGUGUUAAAAUGAGUUACUGAUGACUGUGUGUGUGUGUGUGUGUGUGUGUGUGUGUGUGUGUGUGUGUGUGUGUGUGUGUGUGUGUGUGAGUGACAGAGAGCUGGAAUCAAACCCAGUCAGAGAGGCUGAGGAGCCGCUGGAGCGCAGGGACAACAGAGGGACAGACAGAGACAGACCUGAGAGACAGAAACUCUGAGAGUCAAACUUUACUGUUGAGUCAGACACAGAGAAGAUAAUCUGACCUCCGACUGUAAUCUGAGAGUUUUCUAUAAUCUGAUCUCUGAAACCGUUUCAACCUACAGACUGUAUCUAGAAUAGACACCGUCUGCCUCCUCUCUGUGAGAACAGCGCCCUCUGGUGACGGGCUGCAGUAUAGGUCCUAAACCCCGCCUCCUUAUGGAGCUGUGGACAAACUUUCUAAAUGAAUGACACAGAAUAUAAAUGUUUGUCCCCCCUGGUUGUGAUGUUGACAUGUAGUUACUGUCAGACUGGUUUGUGCUCAAGUCCUCUUUUUUCUGUACAGCUCCAUUUUUAAAAGUUAUUAGGGGGUUCAUGUUUUCUAUGAUUGACACCUGAUACAGCCUAUGGGAGGACAGAGAUUGAGUAGAUCACCGGGGGAUACGCUGUUUGAGCCGAGCGUCAUCACAGAGACUCUCGGGGACUCUCCCGCUGAGUACGAACAACGCUACUGAACAAUGUUGGUUUGAGGAGGAAAAAUCGCGGAAAUACCGAGAACUUUUCAGCUUCAAUACCAGUAUCCUGGCGGAAGGAGGAACCAAGUUGUCCAGAGUAAAUACAGUCUAUGGUGGUGACACUCUGGAGGAUGUAGAACAUUCUAGAAUAUCACUGAACAUUCUAUAACAUCAAAGACAUUCUAAAAGAUCAAUAACAUUCCGGAACGUUUGAGAAGAUUUUGGACUUUUGUAAACAUAGUGGAACAGUCCGGGAACAUCAGUGACAUCACCGAACCUUCAGAUUCUGAGGUCAUCAGAACCGCUCUGACAGAUGUUAGGGGGACACUGUCGGGUCCUCUGCUCAGCACCUUAGACUGUAUCUAUCGAACCCUGAGUCUAAGUGAGUCCGGUCUGUGGUCCGAUCAAUGAUCAAUAAUCUGAUUCUUGGUUCUGAUUGGUCUCCAGGUGGUGAUGUCAUCAUGAUGCUGCCAGUCUCCAGGUUCAAAGGUCAGCCAGUUGGCAUGGUAACCACCAACACACCUUGGCUGUCCGUCAGCAGUGACCCCGCCCCACCCUGGCUGUGGUUGGCCAGCUGGUCAGCUGCAACCUACCAGACUCCGCCCCCUUUUGUGGUCUACCCUCGAGCCGUGUGGAUACCUGAACACACACACCUGAUCCAGGUAAACACACACACUCUCACACACACACACACACACACACACACACACACACACACACACACACACACACAUACACCUUAUCCAGGUACACACACACACACACACACACACACACACACACACACACACAUACACCUGAUCCAGGUAAACACACACACACACACACACACACACUCAGCUGACCUCAGGUGACCUCAGGUGACCUCUCUCCUGUCCGCUGUGUUGAUUUCUUUCAGGUUGUUUUUAUUUCAUCUAAAGGUUCUUGUUGAUAUUUUGAAAGUUUCUGGUUCUUCAGAUUAAAAAUGUUUUUUAUUCGCUCCAUAAAGACGUCUGUGAAAACAAACACAGACCGCCACAGCUCAGAGGUCAGAGGUCAGAGGUCAGGGACACGCAGGGAUGUAAGUGGACAGAAUCGAAGUGUUACGCCGUACCUGUCUCCGAUUAUCCAUCUGUUACCUUUACUAUUGACACCUGGAUGGGGGGGCGUCCAGUUGCUGAUGACAUCAUGGGUGGGUGUGGUCUGAUGCAGGUGUGUUUGUGUGUGUUUGUGUGUGUUUGUGUGUGUUUGUGUGUGUUGUUGCAGUGGGAGCGUCCUGCUGUCGAGGUCGUUCCUCUCCUCCCUCCGCUCUAUCAUUCUUCACAUCUUUAUCCUCCUCAUCCUCUGCCAAAGGUACACACACACACAUACACACACACACACACACACACACACACACAGACACACACACACUCCUGUCAGAUCGCGCUCACAUGCUCACCUGUGUGCAGCUCGCCGAUGGUUGGGUCUCACCUGAAGAAGUGGGCGUGUUCCAGAGAAGAGACAAGCCCCUCCUCCUGACGCAUCAUUUCAUCCAGAGGUUAGGCCACGCCCCCAGGACUGACAUACUCCUGUCCCCCAAUCAGAUUUCAGGUAAGAGAUCACCUGACUCAGGUGGGUUUGACUUCCUGACCCCCAACUGUUAUAGGGGCGUGGUUUAAAUCAAAGUCUUUCCUGAUUGGCUAGCAAACAGACCCGAGAGUGUGUGUGUGUGUGUGUGUGUUUGUUAGUGUGUGUGUGACCAGCCUUACCUGCAGCAGCGGCGGCUGGAAUCGAACCGUGACACGGAGGACAGCGGUGUUUUAGUGAUGCAGCAGUCUGCUCCGUUACUAUGACAACCAGCACACAGCUGAGAGCUGAUUGGCUGUUAAAGUGGCUGCACAGAGAUAGAGUGUGUGUGCUUUUCUGCUGACACACACACACACACACACACACACACACACACACACACACACACACACACACACACACACACACACACACACACACACACACACACACACACACACACACACACACACACACACACACACACACACACACACACACACACACACACACACUAACACACAGAAAGCUGCUGUCAGAGAUAAUAUGAAGAUGAUUGGUCAAUUUGAAAUCACCCAGUGGAGCAUGAUGGGAAAAUGUUUCUGCUUUACAUCAGACUGCAGAGCUCCUUUUAACACAACCAUAUAUGGACAUGAGGGGGCGGAGCCUGUUUAAAAAACAUCAUUAAUUUAACAGUUUAAAACUUUUUAGUGUCAAGUCAGGAAGAUUUACAACAAACACAAACACACUCACACACACACACACACACACACACACACACACACACACACACACAGACACAUAUUCACAUGCGCACACACACAGACACUCACACUCACACACACAAACACUAUAUAUAAUAUAAUAUUUCCUUAUUACUCUAUGAAAGAAUAAAACACAGGCAAUAUUCUGUCAUCUAACCGGAUCCAAGCGGAUUAAACGCGAUUAAACCAGAUUAAACUGACUCAAACCAGAUUAAACCAGAUUAAACUGACUCAAACCAGAUUAAACCAGAUUAAACUGACUCAAACCAGAUCCAGCCUUAUGAAAGUGAACAGGACUAGCUGGAUUAAACCAGAUUGUUCUGGAUUGAAAUGAAUCAAACUAAAUGAAAUUAGAUCAAACUGGAAUAAACCGGACUAACUGAUUUAAACUGGAUUACAGUGGAUCAAACUACAUCACACUGGAUUACACCAGAUUUGACUUGAUUGAACUGCAUCACACCAGAUUAAACUGAUACGAGUUUAGAAAGGAUGAAACCAGGUCAAACUGGAUCGACCAAAAUCAAACCAGAUUACAUCAGAUUUAAUCAGAUUAAGAUUAAUUAAUCUGGUCAUUUAAGUUCCUGUUUGACCGUCCAGUUAGAUCGUACCGUGAAACUUCUGACCUCCAGCUCAGGAAAUUCUUCUUCUUCUGCUGUUUUUGUUUAGUUUUUUUUUCCAGUCUGAGCAGAGCAUCUCACUUCAUGGAGCAUCUGUACAAAGAUGUUUUAUUGUCACCGUGACGCUCCUGCUGUCAACAGAUUUAGGUCAAUGUUUCAUGAAAGGAGCUCAAACAUGUGGAGGCGGUCUGAUCCUCCACACACACACACAUACACACACACACACUAACACACACACAGUCACACACACACACAGGAUAAAACAGUGAACCACACUGAAAAUGUCGACCUGCGAUCACAAAACAAACAUUUUAUUUGUUGUUGUGAUUUCUUUACCUGCAGCUUCAUCACCUCCUGCUCUCACCUGUCCUCCUCCUCCUCCUCCUCCUGCUCCUCCUUCCACUGCCCCCCCCCCCCCCUUUAUAACCCUCUUAUUUCAUCCUCCUCUCAUGUGUUCAUAAUCAGCUCCUGUUUCUGUUUUCGUUGACUUCCAGCAGAUUUGACAAAGACUCCGGAGACCAAACAAAAAGACUCCUCCUCCUCCUCCUCCUCUGUCCCUCUGCACCUCCUCUCUGUGUCUCCUGUUCAGCUGCCCCUCCUCACUGCCGCUCCUCUAACAGGUGAGUCCGGUGUCUUGUUCCUGAUCCUUGUUCUAGUCUUUUUCUAGUUUGGUUCUGGUUCUUGUUGGUUCUGGUUCUGAUUCUUGUUGGUUCUGGUUCUGAUUCUUGAUGGUCCUGGUUCUGAUUCUUGUUGGUUCUGGUUCUGAUUCUUGAUGGUUCUUCAAAGUGCUUUAUAGAUGUGAGGAAAUACACAGUCAAAGAAAAAAGAGAUAAAAGUGUUUAAAAAGGAUCUUAAAUCUGAAAAUGUUCUCGAAACUGAAACCUCAGUUAAAGAGUCAAAGUCAAAGAGUCAAAGUUAAAGAGUUAAAGUUAAAGAGUUAAAGUUAAAGAGUUAAAGUUAAAGAGUCAAAGAGUCAAAGUUAAAGAGUUAAAGUUAAAGACGUGGAGGAAACACCUGAAGUAAACACGAUUGUUCACACCUGAGUUGAUCCACAGCUGAGGACCACAGAAGCUGACUGCAGCUUCCUCCUGCUCGGUUCUGACCUGGGGUCAAUAAGUGGGCCGGUCCCUGAUGACCUGACGGGUUUUGGUAGCAGCUUUAGACCUGAGACCAUUCAGUGAUCUGUGGACCAGGAACAGGAUUUCACUCCCAGGGAUCCAGUCCAGGGACUGAAGGUUCUGGUUCUGGUUCUGGAUCUGGUCUUGGAUCGGUCUCUAACUGUGGCUCUGCAGGCAGACAGUGACGGACGGUUUGAACCUGAACAACCUGAACAAAAACACCUGACAGAGGCGGAGUCACUUUCUCUCUGCUCCAAUCAGAUCACAGAAACAAACUUGACUGACGAGCAGCAGUGACAGGUGACCUGUAGGAGGCGCUGCACUCAAACUUCAUAUGUCCAUCAGUCAGUGAAAGAUUCACUCAGUCAUACACAGUCUGUGUGUGUGUGUGUGUGUGUGUGUCUGUGUCUGUGUCUGUGUCUGUGUGUCUGUGUGUGUGUGUGUGUGUGUGUGUGUGUGUGUCUGUGUGUGUGUGUCUGUGUCUGUGUGUGUGUGUGUGUGUGUGUGUGUGUGUGUGUGUCUGUGUCUGUCUGUGUGUCUGUGUGUGUGUGUGUGUGUCUGUGUCUGUGUCUGUCUGUGUGUGUGUGUGUGUGUGUGUCUGUGUGUGUGUCUGUGUGUCUGUGUGUGUGUGUGUGUGUGUGUGUGUGUGUGUGUGUGUGUGUGUGUGUGUGUGUGUGUGUGUGCCUCCUGCUGAUUAAUAAAUGAAGCAGAAAUGUGAAUCAUAGAUGAGAGAAAAGGUGAAACUGCUGCAGCUGUAAAUGUUUAAAUCUGAACUUCAUGUUUCAUAAAAAACAAUAAAAAAACUAUAAAAUAUAAAACAUUAAAAUAUAAAACUAUAAAACCUUCAAAAUAAACUUCAGAGUCUGUUUAUCUUCAGUAUUGAUCAGGGCUUUUGAUUGGUCACAUGACUGUCAGAAAAAAACUGAUUAUCUAAUAAAUCCUCAAAUGACCUCAGAGAUUCACCUUUCAUCCAUUCAUCCAUCCAUCUGUCUAUCAUUCAUCCAUCCAUCCAUCUGUCUAUCAUUCAUCCAUCCAUCCAUCUGUCUAUCAUUCAUCCAUUCAUCCAUCUGUCUAUCAUUCAUCCAUCCAUCCAUCCAUCUGUCUAUCAUUCAUCCAUCCAUCCAUCUGUCUAUCAUUCAUCCAUCCAUCCAUCUGUCUAUCAUUCAUCCAUCCAUCCAUCUGUCUAUCAUUCAUCCAUUCAUCCAUCUGUCUAUCAUCCAUCCAUCCAUCCAUCCAUCUGUCUAUCAUUCAUCCAUCCAUCCAUCUGUCUAUCAUUCAUCCAUCCAUCCAUCUGUCUAUCAUUCAUCCAUCCAUUUGUUUCCCAUUGACUUCAUGGAUCGAGUUUUUUUCUGUUUGAAGAUUUCUGAUGAUUUUUUAUUAAUAUCCUGAUCAGCUGAUUAUGUUUAUGUUUGAUCAGCUGAUUAUGUUUAUGUUUGAUCAGCUGACUAUAAUUUGUUUAUGUUUGAUCAGCUGAUCACGGUCAAACCAACCGUCUCAAAUUUAGGUUUUAAGACAGACGCUGAUUUUAAAGGUAAAUGAUCUCAGUAUUUAAAUCCAGUUUUUAUCACAUUAGUCAGCUGACUGAGGUAAAGUCUUUCUUUAUAAUCUCUUUGAAACAGUAAUCCAUGCCUUUGUUACGUCUCAGUUUACUGGAUUACUUUAACUUUACUCUGGAGUCAGACGGUCCUCCCUCUCCGCCCGGCUCUGAACUCCGUUUGUUUUUAUUUAUUUGUUUUUAAAUUAGUUUUUAAAAACAUUGAAACGAUAUUUUACUUUUUAAUUCUGCUUUUAUUUUAUCCGUCGUUUUAAUCGUUUUUUAAUUGUUUUUUACGUCUGUGUUGUUCGUCUGUUUAUGUUCAGCUCUGGUUGUUUUAAAGUGAUUUACAGAUAAAGUCGAGUUGUUUAUGUUUGAUCAGCUGAUUUUAGUUUGUUUAUGUUUGAUCAGCUGAUUUUAGUUUGUUUAUGUUUGAUCAGCUGAUUUUAGUUUGUUUAUGUUUGAUCAGCUGAUGAUGUUUGAAUCAUGUUCGGGUCUCUGAUUGGACGGCUGAUGGUCUUGUGACCUGACGUGGCCCCGCCCCUGAUGUGACGCUGCAAAUUUUCACAUUCCUUUAUAUCACCAUGGUAACCACCUGGUUCUGUUGGUGACAGAGCUUUGUUUCUAUAGCAACCGCAGAAUUCUAGUCAAUCUGAUGAGGAUGAGGAGGAGGAUGGAGGGAUGAUGAAGAAACUCUAAAAUAACGGAGAGAUUAGACGAAGAAGAAAAUCCAGACAUCAAACGGGACUGAGAGAGUGUGUGUGUGUGUGUGUGUGUGUGUGUGUACAUGUUUAUAAAUAUGUGUUUGUUCGGGGACAACAGUGUGGUUUAGACAAAGCUGCUCACACACACACACACACACACACACACACACACACACACACACACACACACACACACACACACACACACACACACACACACACUCACACACACACACACACACACACAUUCAGAUGCAGAUGAGUUCUCCUCCUUUUAUAGCCUGUCUGUCUGAAAGUGGGCGAGCGACAUAAACACAACAAGAAAGAAAAGAGAGAGAGAGAGAGAGGUGUCUUUUUUUCCCAUGAUGCCGUUUAGCUGACUCCGGUAAAAUCUCUGUGGUUGUCACGGUAACAAUGUGCUGUAAGGAGGACUAUGUGCUGUGUGUGUGCGUGUGUGUGUGUGUGGGGGGGGGGGGGGUACUGUAUCUAACUUUUCCCAUAAUGCACCUGGUAUGUUAGUUUGAUCAAAUAUAGACACAUCUCAUAAUCUGACCUGUCAAUCAUCAGUGUCUUCAGCCAAUCAGUGAGCAGGACCAGCGGUCUGUUCUAUGAAGCGAGUUCGACCGAGCGAGUCGCCUCGGAGCAACUUAGCGGGGUAGCCAGCGGUCUCACUAAACAGUCCUACGACGCUGGUCAUCAACCUCGUAAGAGGAUCCAGCUUUGCUAUGAGCGCGUGCACGCAUGUAAGGCGGAGCCCGCCGCAUCUGACCAAUCACGAACACGGACCAGUCUGGAGCGUCAGAGCAGGCCGGAGAGCGAAGGACCGCGGACUUUACAAACGAGGAGCAGGAGACGAUCAUGAGAAAGUCUGAAGAAUUCAAAUCUGUCAUAAACCUCAAAAACAACACCGUCACCGCCGCAGAAGAGCGGAGGGAACGCUGGCAGAAAAUGGCCGACAGUCAAUGUGGAAGUAUAGAGCGCCAAAAAUCUUUGAUGUGGUCAUCACCCUGAAACAGCGCUGUUCAACACGCGCUUUAACUACGGCGAGCAGACAUGUCUGAUUCAUUUCCAGGAUGAAUUCAUUCAUGUGUUCAUUCCUAUCAUAUUCACAUGUUUUGUGUGUCGGCCAUAUUAGCCUUUCAUAAAGGAGGUCAUCCGGAGAAGGAAGUGGGUCCGUGCGGUCUCUGAAAACUCUCACGCGCCGGAGUGCUCCUCCUCGGACAAGGCGAGCACCGAGGUCUACAGGAUCCUCCAAGAACGGACACGCCAUUUUUCCAGAGAGCUCAUUGGUCAGUGGGCGGGGUUUUUAUACUCGGUGAGUUCAAUCUGGAACUUAACCUGCCCUGGAGCAGGUCAGCCGUUCAGCAUUUGUUGCCAUGGAGACUCGCCUCGCUAAGCAGUGAACCCACGUCGUAAAACAGGAAACCCCGAACUGACCCUCGAAGUUACCUCGCUAAGCAGUAAUCCUGCUGCGUAGAACAGACCCCUGGUGGACCUUUUAUUAAAGCACACACACACACACACACAUACACACACACACACACACACACACACACACACACACACACACACACACACAGUUUGUCCUCACCUGUCCUCACCUGUCCUCACCUGUCCUCACCUGUCCACAGGUGAGAUCAGAGCAGGUUGAUCACAGACAGGACUCCACAUCAGCAUGAAAACAAGAACAGGAGGAGGACCUGAGGUUCACCUGGACAGGUGUGUUCAAAGACUUAACGAACGCCAUUCUCUACCUCCAUAGGUGGAGCCUACUGUGAGUGGGCGGGACUUCAGAUACAAGAAAACAAGGAGGCGUGGCCUUUAGUCCGUGCCAAAAAAACAAACCUUAAAGCGUGGUUACAGCCAAUCAGCAGCCUGAAAAGAAAGCCCCUCCCACCAAAACAGGUAAGUCCUACAAACCAGUUUGAACUGGAUUUACUUUAAUCCAUAAAAUAUAUUAACUGAUAAAAACCCUCUGACCCCGACCCCCCAGGGUGGUCCAGGUGGUCUGGUUGUUUCUCCAUUUUUCCCUCUCCAGGAAAGAUGGCCUGUGUUUCCUCCUCAGGUCUGUAUGUGUGUGUGUGUGUGUGUUUGUGUGUGUGUGUGUGUGUGUGUGUUUUUUAUACGUUGAGGUUUUUUCUAAAACUGAUUAUUUUUGUUUUUUUAGUUGUUGAAGGAAGUUCCUCCGUCCUUCUUUUCUUCAGAGUUUCCCUCCAGAUUGACUCUGAUGACCGACAACAGACACAGUGAGACCUGUGUGUGUGUGUGUGUGUGUGUGUGUGUGUGUUAGAUGUCAUUACAGACUGACUUUUAGUUAAAGUUUAAUCUUCUUUGUUCACAGCGACUAUAAUCUGUAGAUGCUUAAAGGGAUAUUCUGCUGUAAAAUUAAUUUAGGGUCAAGCAGAGUUAGACCCCGCCUCCAGAGAUGAAUGUUGUCGACCGCUUCCUUCUCUAGUUAUACCAACUUUAGUAACGACCGCAGGAUAGAAAUACAGAGAGACACGCCCCCAACCAAAACGCCACUCUAUAGCCACAAAUAAUGCUCAGAACAGCACCUAACUUCAUCAACAGGACAUAUAGGGUCACAGACAUAGUACUAGACACCAAACAUCUUUUUAACUUUGACUCAUUUCUUUAGCAAAGAGACUAAACACAACUCACCUACUCUCUUCCAGCAGACGCUUGUUUGUAGAGAGACCUCAGGCCAGUCCAUUACAGACUACAGCGGGGUGCCGCAGCUCAAGGAAGAACAUUUAUGAUCAUUUCUUCAUGGAAAUACAAUCAGACCGAGACGCUGAGACAGAAGAACUACAGCGUCUGUAAAAUGAUUAAUAUGGAGAUUAUUACUUCAAGGAAAUGAGAAAGAAAUGAUCAUAAAUGUUCUUCCUUGAGCUGCGGCACCCCGCUGUAGUCUGUAAUGGACUGGCCUGAGGUCUCGGUUUAGACCCAGAGGAGCUCAGCAGCUCUGGUCUUCCUUCAUAUUGAAUCCACUGAUAAGACAGUGUCUGAUAGAACUGUUGGUGGUCCUGUGGAGGUCAGGGCAUUCUGGGUAAUGUAGGAAUUAGGUUAGAAUAACACAAAGGGAUGUUUGUAAUGAAGCGAUCAGGAGUCUGAUGGCGUCACUGUGAUGGUCAGUGGAGGUUUGACGGAGAACCUCAGGAGGACUCUCUGAGGAUCCUCUACGGUCUACUCUGUGUCAGCAGACGGACCUCUGAUGGUUUCUGACAUGGUGGUCACAUGAUCAGGUCUGCGCUGUCACAUCAUCUUCUCUGUGAGCUUCACAGUCGGCCUGAGGAGACGCUCAUCCUUCACGACUCCAGAUUUAAACUGUCAGAGACACUCAGAGUGUGUGUGUGUGUGUGUGUGUGUGUGUGUGUGUGUGUGUGUGUGUGUGUUCUGAACAUUGGUUGAUCAGCAGAAAGAUGACGGUGACCCCGUUCCAAAGUUUAAAUCCAGUUUUUUGUUUUUGUCAGAGAAACAUCGGCGGAUGUGUGGAGCUAACGUUUCUGCGUCUUUUCUUCUGAGGACAAAGAGACUGAUGGACAAAGACAAACAGGUGAGAGAGACCUGUUGCCAUGGUGAUUUCACACAGAGCUGGAGACGUGUUGCCGUGGUGAUUCCAGACAUUUGGUUAUUUUACCUUUAAUCAGAUUGACCUUUAAACUCCUCCCACCACCUGACUCCUCCCCUGCCUGACUCCUCCCACCACAUGACUCUUUUGAUCAUUCUGAUGACAAACUUAAUUUCUCCUUCACUCUUCGCUUUGAGAUUAUAAUUAAAGUGUUCUUGUCUGUGUGUUUGUGUCUGUGUGUGUGUGUUUGUGUGUGUCUGUGUGUGUUUGUGUGUUUGUGUGUGUUUGUGUGUUUGUAUUGCAGUGUGUGUCCUCCGACAGAGAGGCAGAUAGAAGUCAAACUAUACGUCCUGUUGCCUCCACUCCUGUCCCAGGGUCUCCAUGGUAACACACACACACACACACACACACACACACACACACACACACUGAUUUGAAAGUAAACACAAUCCUCUGACCUGAUGUUGUGCAGUUGUGUUGCCAUGACGACAGCACUGAUGCCCAGCUGUUAGUUGAACCCACCGGUAUGAAGAAGUGUGUGUGUGUGUGUGUGUGUGUGUGUCUACCUGUGUGUGUGUGUGUGUUCAGGUGUGUGGUGUGGACCGGAGACGACCGUGUCUUCUUCUUUAAUCCCACAAUCCACCUGUCCGUGUGGGAAAGACCGGGGGAGCUGAUUGGUCGAGACAUUAGCAGCAUCAUUGAGGACCCGCCCCACAAGAGGAAGAGGACGACACCUGCGGGUCUGUCACCUGUCACCUGGUCACAUGACUCUUCUUCUUCCAUAUUAAGAUCAAUUUUGACUUUUCUCUUUUCUCUCAGAGCAAAACGGCAGCUGUCAAUCAUCUGAUCUCCAUGGCAACAACGAUGAUGAUGAACAACACUCUAAACGAUACAGGUAUGUCUGAGCCAAUCAGAGAGCAGAACACAGAAAAAUAAACAACCUCAUGAUGAUGUCAUCCUCACCGAGCGAUGUGAUUGGUCUCUCUCUGUUUAGACUGGACAAGCAGAUGGCGCUCGUCCCUCAUCCAGGUGAAGUGAAGCUCCUCCCACUGGAGCGCCGUGUGACUCAUUUUAGAGAGAUGAUGCUGGAGAGAGGGGUAACACACACACACACACGCACGCACGCACACACACACAAUAUAAAACAAUCCCCUAAUAGAACAUAGGACGAGUUACCAUGGAAACGAGUUUAACAGCCAAUAAAUAAAUGGCAAAUUCAGAAACAUCAAAGUAUAAACUACAUCAUUGUGUGUGUGUGUGUGUGUUUUUCUGUGUGUGUGUGUUUGUGUGUGUGUGUGUGUGUGUUUGUGUGUGUGUAUGUGUGUGUGUGUGUCCCCGCAGGUGUCUGCGUUCUCCACCUAUGAGAAGGAGCUUCAUAAGAUGGUGUUUGACCCUCGAUAUCUGCUGCUGACCUCAGAUCAGAGGAAACAGGUCAACUUGAUCAAAUCAUUCAGGAAUACAAUAAUAACAACAACAACAAUAAUAAUAAUAAUAAUAACAACAACAAUAAUAAUAAUGAUAAUAAUAAUAAUAAUAAUAAUAAUAAUAACAAUAACAAUAACAAUAAAAAUAAUAAUAAUAAUAACAAUAACAAUAAAAAUAAUAAUAAUAAUAACAAUAAAAAUAAUAAUAAUAAUAUUUUUAUAUUUCCAUUUUUGUUAUUAUUAUUAUUAUUAAUAUUUUUAUUAAUGUUUUUCUCAUUAAUAAUACUUGGAGGUGUGGCUUCCUGCUUAUUUUAUAUUCCAGUAAUUUUUUUUUUUUAAGGCAGGGAGAGCUGGGGGGGGGGGGGGUAAUCCGGUUAAACAAAAACAACAACAACUAAAGUUCUCCUGGACAAUCAUGGGGGAGGAACGUCUGAAGGUUUGAGUACACACAGAUAUCAUGAUACCUCUGUGUGUGUGUGUGUGUGUGUGUGUGUGUGUGUGUUUGUGUUUGUGUGUGUGUGUGUGUGUGUGUUUAGGUGUUUGACGUCUUUGUGAAGAGCAGGUUAAAAGAUGAGUACAAAGAAAAGAAAAACAAACUGCAGAGAGCGAGAGAAGAGUUCAAACGGCUGCUGGAGGAGGCCAGGCUGACCGGCAGGUAACCUCACCUGAAACACCUGUGACAUCAUUCACACCUGAAACACCUGAAACACCUGUGACAUCAUUCACACCUGAAACACCUGUGACAUCAUUCACACCUGAAACACCUGAAACACCUGUGACAUCAUUCACACCUGAAACACCUGAAACACCUGUGACAUCAUUCACACCUGAAACACCUGAAACACCUGUGACAUCAUUCACACCUGAAACAGUUAAAAAAAAAAAAACAGACAUGAUGAACCUGGAUCUCCUGUAGUCAUGUGAUGAUCAUGUGACGGUCAUAUGAUGGUCAUGGUCAUGUGACGGUCAUGGUCAUGUGACGGUCAUGGUCAUGUGAUGGUCAUGGUCAUGUGAUGGUCAUGGUCAUGUGAUGGUCAUGUGAUGGUCAUCUGGUGGUCAUGUGUUGUCUUCUCUGAAUGUUCGUGUUCUUCUGCAGAUCGACCUUCAAGGCGUUCUGCGCUCGUUACCAUGGAGACCAACGCUUUACCGCUCUGAACGGGAAGAAGGAACAGGAAGUUCUGUUCCAACAUUACAUCACUUCCUUAAAAAAAAGAGACAAAGAGAACCGGGCCAGGCUGAGGAAGGUGAGAUGAGAACCAGAAGGACCCAGCAGAACCCAGAAGAACUUUCAAAAUAAAAGCUUAAAGCUUUCAGAACCCCCCCAACUUGGUCUUCCAGGACCUUUGAAUUAAAAAACUUCUGGAACCCUCAGAACCUUCCAGGACCUCCAAGAACUUUCCAGGACCUUCCAAGAACUUUCCAGGACCUCCCAAGACCUUCCAUGACCUUCCAGGACCCUGAGCAGUUUUGGCUGUUGUUGCAGAACCCUGGGAGGUAAAAACCUGCUGGUUCUGUCUGAGAAACUGGACUCCACACAGAACAGGUACCAGACCGGGACCCCAGGACCUGUAGGUUCUGAUAGUUCUGUUGGUUUGGUAGAUUUUCAGACUGGUUUCUGAACCUCUGAACUGGACCAGAACUGGACUGAACCUGAUGCAGACAUUAAAUAAAGCCAAGUUGAACUGGACUAGAACCAGAACCUGAGCACAAAAAAGAGACCCGUCUGUUGACCCGUCUGUCUGUUGACCCGUCUGUCUGUUGACCCGUCUGUUGACCCGUCUGUCUGUUGACUCGUCUGUUGACCCGUCUGUCUGUUGACCCGUCUGUCUAUCUGUCUGUCCGUCCGUUUGGUCCAUCUUCUCUAACCUCUCUCUCUCCACCUGGACCGGCUCGGUUCUGUUUCUGUAUUUUAGUUUCUGAGGAUUUUAAAACAGUUUGAUGAUCUCAUUGGUUCCUCAUAGUCCGGCCCGUCUCACAUCAGGUCAGGUGACCCAAACAGGUCCGAGCUCCACCUCCUCCUCCUCCUGUCCAAUCAGGAGGCAGCACCGUAACCCUGGAAACUCAUAAAUUCAGUCAAAUGAGCAGAAUUUAUAAAAACGCAGAUCCUGCUGAGUUUAAAAACUCUUCUGUAAAAUCCACUCGGUCCGUUUGACGACAUUUAAACAUAAAAACCCCAAAACAGCUGAUUAAGUUAAAACAGAGGAAGGUUAAAUUAAAACAGAAGAAGGUUAAAUUAAAACAGAAGAAGGUUAAAUUAAAACAAAAGAAGGUUAAAUUAAAACAAAAGAAGCUCCAGAUGUAGAAAUUGUUCGUAGAAAUGACGGGGUGGUCACUUCCUCCUCUGUAGAGACGUUUGAGGAUCGUCUUCUCUGAUUGGUCAGAGAUUUAGAGGUUACAUUAACGAGCUUUUACAUCAGACUGUUGUAACCUGCUCAGUCUAAAAUUAAAAACUUCAUAUUUAAUAAUUGAACAUUAUCUUUAAACGGAGCUUCAUUAUCUGUCCAUCAUUAUCAGCCUCAGAUUUAAACCCUGAUUUUAAUGAAAUAAACUCCUUAAUUUAAACUUAAAGAGACAGAGUCUGAAUCUCUGUACUCGGCUGUGGAGGUGAAGUGCAUUGUGGGAGUUGUAGUUGCUUUUGUAAAUACUUGUAGAUGUUUUCUUACACAUUUGUUUUGAUAUAGAAAACAUGAGACAGACCUGAACCUGAACCUGAACCUAAACCUGAACCUGAACCUGAACCUGAACUUAAACCUGAACCUGAACCUGAACCUAAACCUAAACCUGAACCUGAACUUAAACCUGAACCUGAACCUGAACUUAAACCUGAACCUGAACUUAAACCUGAACCUAAACCUGAACCUGAACCUGAACCUGAACUUAAACCUGAACCUAAACCUGAACCUGAACCUGAACUUAAACCUGAACCUGAACCUGAACCUAAACCUGAACCUGAACUUAAACCUGAACCUGAACCUAAACCUGAACCUGAACUUAAACCUGAACCUGAACCUGAACCUGAACCUGAACCUGAACCCUUCCCACCCGGGGUCUGUUCUACGAAGCAGGAUAACUGCUUAGCGAGGUAACUUCGAGGGUAAGUUCGGGGUUUCCUGUUUUACGACGUGGGUUCACUUCUUAGCGAGGCGAGUCUCCAUGGCAACAAAUGCUGAACGGCUAACCUGCUCCAGGGCAGGUUAAGUUCCCGAUUGAACUUACGGAGUAUAAAAACCCCGCCCACUGACCAAUGAGCUCUCUGGAAAAAUGGCGUGUCCGUUCUUGGAGGAUCCUGUAGACCUCGGUGCUCGCCUUGUCCGAGGAGGAGCACUCCGGCGUGUGAGAGUUUUCAGAGACCGCACGGACCCACUUCCUUCUCCGGAUGACCUCCUUUAUGAAAGGCUAAUAUGGCCGACACACAAAACAUGUGACCACGAUAGGAAUGAACACAUGAAUGAAUUCAUCCUGGAAAUGAAUCAGACAUGUCUGCUCGCCGUAGUUAAAGCGCGUGUUGAAAAGCGCUGUUUCAGGGUGAUGACCACAUCAAAGAUUUUUGGCGCUCUAUACUUCCACAUUGACUGUCGGCCAUUUUCUGCCAGCGUUCCCUUCAGUCUUCUGCGGCGGUGACGGUGUUGUUUUUGAGGUUUAUGACAGAUUUGAAUUCUUCAGACUUUCUCAUGAUCGUCUCCUGCUCCUCGUUUGUAAAGUCCGCGGUCCUUCGCUCUCCGGCCUGCUCUGACGCUCCAGACCGGUCCAUGUUCCUGAUUGGUCAGAUGCGGCGGGCUCCGCCUUACAUGUGUGCACGCGCUCAUAGCAAAGCUGGAUCCUCUUACGAGGUUGAUGACCGGCGUCGUAGGACUGUUUAGCGAGACCGCUGGCUACCGCGCUAAGUUGAGCGAGGAAGCGCCAAGGCGACCUCGCUAAGUUGAACUCGCUUCGUAGAAGAGACGCCUGGUGACACUGACCUGAUAAUCUGAUUGGCCCCCCUCCAUCUCACCUGUUUUUAUUGUUGCUCUUGACACACACACACACACACACACACACCUUGUCUUGUUGUGGUGUAAGCCCCGCCCCUCACCUGUCAGCGCCUUAGCUGUGCUGUGAUUGGACAGAAUUUGUUUCCUGAUUUUCUUGGACGUGUUUCAGUGUUCUGACUCCUCAUUGGACGAUGAGUGUGUGUUAAAAUGGUGUUCAUGUUCUGAAUUCUCAUUGGCUGUUGUUGAUGAUGUGUUUUUAUUAAAGAGUUUCUUUGAA